CCACUCCGAAAAAUAUUGAUGAAGUCAUUCAAAAUAGUUUCAUUCAUAUUCAUGACCGAACUAGUCCCGGUUUGUCAUUCAGUUCCAUUUUCGUGUAAAUUGAUAAGGCUGAAAUCGAAUCUACCUCCAAUAUAGACUAUUUAUUAACGUGCCAGGUAAUGUUAAAUCAAUUAAAUCAAAACAAUGAACUUACACGUGUUGUGCGUUAGAUCGUUAGAAUGCAUCGCUCUUGAAUUAACGUAUGAUUCAUAUUUUACAUGGUGUAGUGGGUGUCAGUGAACUUGGCACUUGUUAGUUACUGAAAAUUGUGUCACAAAAGGAUACGCAGUUGCGCUUGUCCAACAACUCAGUGAAAGUUCUUUGUUUCAAUUUGCAAUAGUAAAAUGUUUCAUCUCUUGAGAUCUUUUCUAACUUUUGUUUAGCAUAAUACUUUUAGACUAUGAAAAAAAUCAUGUUUGGGCGCAAAGAAGUCAAUUCCCCGCAGAUUCGUCCCACCGCGACGCCUGCCUAUACAAUUGAACGCUAUUCGUCCUACUAUCCGAUGAAUCAUAGAAGCCGCGGCCAAGCUAUAAUUUUUACACAUUCAAUAUUUGCUGUGCCAAAUGUUAAACUACCGACUAGAGACGGCAGCGAAGUUGACUGUAAAAUGCUGACUGAAUCGCUCGAACGGCUGGGAUUCGACGUAAAUUUGCAUAGGGAUAAGCGAUUGAAAGAUAUUCUUCAAAUUACGGAGAAAGUUUCAUCAAUGGACCAUUCCAAUAGUGACUGCCUUUUGGUUGCUGUUUUAUCACAUGGAGAUGAUGGUGAAAUUAUCUACGCACACGAUUGUCCCUAUCAAAUAUCCAGCCUGUGGACACAAUUUACCGGUGACCGGUGUCGGACGCUUGUGGGGAAACCUAAAAUAUUUAUCAUUCAAGCAUGCCGAGGGAAUGAGCUAGAUGCUGGAUUGAAAAUCGAGAAAGAUGGUGUUGCAAGAUACAGUAUUCCUACGAAUGCAGAUUUCCUGUUUGCCUUCGCGACCAUUCCGGGUUUCAUGUCAUUCCGUAACACCAGAAAUGGUUCAUGGUUCAUCCGUGAACUGUGUACCGAAUUAAAUGAAAACGGACAAAGAUAUGAUAUGCUAACACUGCUUACCUUCGUGGUACAAAAAGUUGCUUAUGAAUAUGAAUCUUAUGCUCCCAACUAUCCAGAACAUCACAUGAAAAAGCAAACCCCUUGUGUUGUUUCAAUGCUAACUAGGCUACUGUUGUUUAAUAACGUCUAAUUUGUAAUUUUUCACGUAACGAGUGCGCACAUUUUGAUUGUUUUUGUUCUUUCCAAAGAUGAGUUUAACAUUUACAUUGCUUUAUAAUGUUACGCAUGCGAAACACUGCACAUUACCGGUACUUUCCUUUAUAACUUAUGUUUACUGCCCAUAAAAGCAUAACUGUCCCAUAUGGGACAAAUAUGCUUUUAUGAGCAGUUUAGCCUCUAUUGAUUCUUAAUGUAUUGUUAUUACAACUUUUAAUAUAUUUU